AUGAAGCUGACAUAGUGUAAGCUGCACAUUGGAAUUUCAACCUAUCACAUAACUUUCAACGCUGGCUUUACCUAAUUUUCGUAGUAUACAAACAAAGGCAAUGUCUUUUGCUUUAAUUUGAGUUCUUUGCUUUCUGAUAUCUUUUCAUGAAUCUCAAGUAUAGCAUUUCUUUGUUACUACUUCAAUUGGGAUCUCUCUUGCAGGUUCUAACAUCUUAAGAAUCAAGUGGUGGUUGUUGUUCGUCUCCAAGUCCUAGCCAUUUUGCAUCAUUAUCAACUAGUAAUCUUCAGUUCCUUUGAAUUUUUCCCAGGGAUCAAUGGAACAAACUCUUAUAUCACACCAUACAAAUGGGCGCAAUUACAGAGCAAAGGGGUUGGAUAAGAAAAGGGUUCUUCAGCUUGUUUUGCUUUUAGGAAUUUGCAUGUGGUUGCUAUACCAAGUCAAGAGCUCGCACCACCAACAAGAGAGUUACAAUGGGAAUCUUCAAAAUCUCAGUGAAAGAAACGUAACCGUAGUUUUGGGCCGCAAGGGGAUGGCGAAGCAGAAGAACCAUAUAAAUGCAGUUACAGAAUCCCAAGAUACAAGUGGUUCAGAAGAAUAUGAAAGAACAAAAGAUGGAGGUGUAGGAGAGGACGAGAUUGAUGGGAACAUCAGUGCCAAGUCGCAUUUCCCAAUGUUUGACAUGGCAAACGAGGCAUCUGAAAUAGAGAUAGUGGAUGAUAAUGGUGAAAAUAAUCAUAGAGUUGAGGCAUUUCUUGAUGAGAAUGGUAUUCCACCAGAUGCCUCCAAUCUCUUCAAUUCAACACCAUACGAACCUACGGACAGGACCCAAGAAUCUUAAACAAGAGCAGCAAUUUCUAUGGCAAAUUCAUUGCAAACAGAUUAUUAUGCUGUGCAGAAAUGAGAAUUCGAAUCUGCUAAUUAGAGAUUAUUAAAAUCACCGUCCCCCAGAUAUCUCUUAACGGAAAUUAUAGAAUGUUGAAAGUUAAACAUGCCUUCAACGAGACAGAAAUAAAACCAAAGCAAAAGCACUUUUUCAGUUCA